AUGUCCCCUCUCCGCGCGCACGCUAAAUCCUGCAACGGGUGCGAUCAAUGCAGAAGCAGGCGGGUUAAAUGUGACGAGCAGCCGCCGCCGCCCGUCGCUACAACACAUGUCGACCCACCCAGUUCAACAUCUGACGUGCCCCGGUAUCUAGGUGGCCACGGCUCGCCCGUAGUAGCGAUGCCCGGUCUAGCCGUUCUAACAAUCCAAGUCCCGGCACCAGCCCAAACAAACUCAUUCGGCAUCGACAACCUAGAACUAAUGCACAAGUUCGUAACAAACACACACGGAAACCUCUGUGUCAGCGAUUCAGAAAUAAAAAUCUGGCAAUUAACCAUCUUGGCGUUGGCCUUGAUGCACAUCGCAACAACCUGCGAGCCAUCAGAAGCAGCUCUCCUGUACUACGGAAUAGGGUUACAGUACAAGCGCAGCCUAACGCCAUUCCGCAACGCGAUCGAUAGUAUCACGCCAUAG